UUUUUUUUUUUUUACAAUAUUGUUUUUUUUUCCUUUUAUUUUUAUUUUUUUGUUUUGCUUUGUUUCUUUUAAUAUGACAUCUUCUUCUGCUACUGCUGCUAAUAAUAAUAAAGUAGUAACUUCACGGCUUAAAAAGUCGAGAUCAAGUUUAGCAUGUAUUCGUUGUAGAAAUAAAAAAGUAAAAUGUGAUUUUGUUCAGCCAACAUGCGGCCGCUGUAAUAAUGAUAAAAUUUCUUGUAAUUAUGCAACCCCACCUCGUCGUGUAGACGGACAGGCCUUUGAUGAACUUAAUAACCAUAUUAACGAAUUAAAGAAAAAGGUACAAAGUAUGCAGUUUGAACUUGGUAAAACGAAAAACAGUAGAUGUGAAACGAUGGCUGUCAAUAACAAUCAAGACUGCUUACAAUCAGCGGUGGCUUGGAAAUUAUCUCUCACGCCCUCUGGGUUACGCAUUGAUACUAAUAUUUCUAAUGUGAUUGAUUUAUAUCGUAUAUUGUUAACCGGCGUGACUCAGAUCAAUAUUAACCGUAACUUUUUAAUUGCAGGAAGUCUCUUUAAUAUGAAUUCAAACGUUGGAAUAAUAGAUUCUGUUCACGAUAGUAAUGAUAAACAAAGAAUGACUCAGGAGAAUAGCAGCAACCUUUUGAUUGGACAUUCAUCAAGUAAUACAUAUUUGGUGUCUUCGGAUAUAACUGAAAUGCAAGAUACACACAACGAGCAUGAUGACAUUAAUUUAUCACAAGGAUCAAUACAUAAUAUCGUACACUCUUGUUACCACACUUGCUUCUUAUCUUAUCAAAUAGUAGACAAGGAAGACUUUAUUCGAAAAUAUAAUAAUCCGGUAGGAUCUGAAGCAUUACUGAUUCACUCCAUCAAUGCUUGGAUGACAAAACAUGCCUGUAUAUAUCAUAAUGAUGUUGGCUGUAAAAAGGGCAACCCAAUAAUGGAAGGAGAAACUCAUUUUAAACAAGCUCAGCAACUUUUAAAAAGAUAUUUUGAUAUGAGUCGUCCUUCAACAAUUCAUGCUUUAUUAAAUCUUUAUAUGUACCAGCUCAGUUCUGAACGUUCCAGUUUAGCUUAUUUAUAUAUCGGAUUAGCUAUUCGUAUGGCACAAGAUUUAAAGUUUCAUAAAAGGGAAUAUAUGCCGACAGAUUUAAAGCAAAGAGAGGUAAAUAAACGGCUUUGGUGGUCUGCUUACUGGCUUGACCUGUGUGCUGCUCUAGAAUCAAAUCGCCCUACCAUGGUAGAUGACAAAGAUUGUGAUCUCGAGUAUCCUACGAAACUUGAUUCAGAAGAUGAAGAAACAGGCUAUCGUAUUAGUUUCUGUGUUCAGUCUAUUGAGCUUAUGAAAAUUAGAAAAGAUCUUACAAAGCAUUUACCAUCUGAGAAUUCUGGACCGCCACUUUUGUCUGCUAUCUCUCGUCUUGAAACAUCCCUCAUGAAAUGGCUUCACCAGCUACCUGAAGAAUUCAAGUACAAUAUAGAUGAUGCACAAGCUUUUACCCAGACAAAUUCUUUCCGCGAUGAAGCAUGUUUGAUUCUUAACAUUCAAUAUCAUACGACUUGGAUUAUGCUUCAUAAACUUUUUUUAUCCGAUCAGCAAGAAUCAUCCAAGACACCUAUUUCCCUUCUAUCACUUAAUAUUUGCACUCGAUCUGCUAAUCUUAUCACUCAUAUGCUUGACCUUUAUUCAAAGCAACCACACUGGUGUCAUUUCUUUUAUAUUUUAGACGGUAUUCUUGCUAGCAUACAUAUUCAUCAAUUAAAUGCCUUAUCUAAUGAGGAAGAUAUAUCUCGGACGGCGCAACAGAAUUUAAUCCUAACAGUUGAUAUCCUUCAUAACUCACCCUUGAUUUAUAUGAAGAAAGUAAAUAUUAUUAUUCAGCGUAUCGAAGAUUUCUUUGUCGAAAAUCAUUUAAAUAUUAGACAGCAACAAGCAAAUCCUGAUAUUGAACAUACUGCUACUGCUACUGCUAAUAAUAAUUAUAAUAAUAAUAAUAAUAA